AUGAUUCCUGGAUCAACGACUACUCCUGCACCUCCAGAUGCAGUGACCCUCGGAGACCUGAUUGGAGGCGCCAUGGGCAAUGACUCCAAAGACUUGCUGCCACCUUUCGUGAACAACAUUCAGUUCAAAAGACCCAAGUCGCAAAAUCAGCUAUCCGUGAUCUUCGAAAAGCUUCUCCCAGAACAAAAGGAUGCAGCGGAUUCGGCAGCUGGGAAAGACCAGGCCCCCUUGCCCGCACAUUUUGUCUUCUCUAUGAUCCUCAACGUCUUUGGCUUCUGCUUUUCUUACACCCAAUGCCAAGAAAGCUCUGUCGCCACCGCUUCAUCUUCUGAGAAAGCGAAGCCAGCUCCCAAGCCAACCAAGCGAAUCGUGUCAGCUUCCCUCAACGACAUCCCAGACAUAGAUAUUCCCCUUAUCGGGGCUGUGCCGAAACCAGUCGAUCAGAUUCUGUAUCUCUGGGUUCAAGACACCAGCGAAACAACUGAGCCGAAAGCCACAGAUGACAAAAACCAAAAGGCCACGCUCAAGAGCUUGACAUAUGGAGAGGUUCAAGCCAUCAACAAGGUUCGUGGGUCCAAGGCCGCACCCCUCGUUUUCAAGAAAACACAGCAGGGGAAACUGGAGGACAGCACCGUCGUCCUGGCAGCUGGUCACCAUUUCGCCGGCCCCCUGUCCAUUUCCAACAUUGGUUUCGGCUGGAAAGGCACUCUGAAAGAUGGCGCUCUGUCCAUUGUAUUCGACGCUUCCGUCCUCGUCGGACCCAUCGGGUUUGCGCUUCUAGGGUUCAAGCUGGAAUUCCCCAUCACCGAAAUGACCAGCCUCCAGAACCUUCCAGCCCCCAAAGUAACCGUCGACGGCCUCGCAGCUUCCUUCAGCAAGCCUCUUUUGACCAUCUCCGGUGCUUUCAUGCACAAGGUCGUCGAGGGCAACGACAUGUACGCGGGAGCUCUCCUCAUCGGCUACAAUGUCUACCUCUUCCAAGCGGCUGGCUUCUACGGCGAAUUGACUGAUCCCGCCACCGACAGGAGGUUCAAGUCCGCAUUCAUGUUCUGCCUGGUGGCAGGACUUGGCUACAACUCCAGUAUACGGAUGCCCAGCGCUGCCGAGAUUCCAACCUUCCCCUUGAUCGCGCCCCCCGGCGGUGUGAUCACGUCCAAGGUGGACUCAUUCUGGGUAGCAGCCGGUGUCAAAGUCACCGCCUUCCCGGUGCUCAAGGUGGACGCCGUGCUGGUUCUCUCCUUUGAUCCCUCGGUCAAGAUUGGUAUUUUUGGCUUGGCGGUUGCCGAUCUACCUCCUCCACCACCGGGAAGCUCCAGCCCUGGGAAGUUUGUGCAUGUUGAACUGGGCUUGUCCGCCACGGUGGAUGUUGCCCUGGGGGUCAUGAAGAUCGAAGGACAACUGAUGCCCGCUUCCUAUGUCUUGGACCCCAAUUGUCACCUCACUGGCGGGUUCGCCGUGUACUCCUGGUUCGACAGUCCUGACCCAGACCUCAGAGGGGACUGGGUCUUCACCAUUGGCGGCUACCACCGCUCCUUCAAGCCGCCUGCCCACUACCCCGUGCCCCCACGGCUAGGCAUAAGCUGGCCUCUCAGCAGCCGCAUCAGCAUCACGGGAGAGGCCUACUUCGCCGUCACCCCCAAGAUGUGCAUGGGAGGCGGCCGUCUUGAUGUCACUCUCCGAGCCGGGCCAUUGCGGGCCUGGUUCAACGCCUAUGCCGACUUCUUGAUCAACUACAAGCCCUUCCACUUCACCGCCGAGGGGGGUGUUUCCGUCGGGGUGGAGGGCGUCAUCGACUUCUGCUCUGCUUCCAUCACCGGUAACGACGUUCGAUGUCAACUUUGGAAGCUUGCCUCUGCCUCAGGAGGAAGCAUGAUCUCAUCCUGCGUGAAGACAACGACAGCCAACCAAGGCGUCCUUGUUUUGGAAAGAGCAUCUUGA